UAUCAUACUACUUUUAAAAAAAUAUUAUUGGCAAAUGAAGUAAAGCCUAAAAAAACCUGAUUAUCUGCUGAGCUAACUUUCAGUGUGUGGAUAAAUAGCUUCAUCGGCUCGAAACGAUUGAAGCAGCAGAGAAAUGGACGAGAAAGACGAAGAUCCUGAUGCGUUUGAUCCGAACAUACCGGAGGAGGGACCAUCGGCGCCCCCUCCUGGCUGGCUGGAUGACAUCCAUGGAUACCAGGGCCACAAAGGAGGAGUGGAGGACAACCCGCUGUACCCACCUCCUCCUGCCUACAACCCCCAGCCUGAACUCAACAGGAACACCCUGGUGCCCGACAUCACGGUUCCCACAGUAUCGGAGGACGUCGCCAGAGAUGCCUUGCUCAAGUUUGUGGAAUCAAAAUGGACGUACAGCUCCAAACCUGCCAGGAACCUCACCUUCAAAGAUCUGAAACCCAUCACUGUCUACAGGUAUCGACUGGAGACCUACACUGAGACAAGAACCAGCGCCUGGAAUUUUGAACCCUACAAUGGACAAAUGGUGGAUGGUCCUCAGUACGGUAUGAGUCCUCCACCAUGGGACAUCCCAGUGACUGUGCCUCAGAGAUACACCGACAUGGUGGAGAAGAUCCGUGUGCCGCACUCAUCCUUCGUGAAGAUGUGUCACAAAUGCAACGGCUGUGGAAGAACUCGGUGCACCCACUGCUCAGGCCGAGGCCGAAAACGUUGUACAUUCUGCCAUGGUUCUGGUCGUAACAGGAACAAACAUUGCACAUCCUGUCAUGGCCGAGGUCACAAGAGGUGUCUCCACUGUCAAGGCCACGGCUACAAAACCUGCAGCGUUUGUCACGGCAGCAAAAACCUGCUGCAUUACAUCCUGCUCACAGUUACAUGGAAGAACAAUGUGGAAGAUUUCAUCCCUGAUCGUCAGCCUGACUUCCCUGACAAGAAGUUUGAGAAGGUGACAGGAGAUCCUUUCUUCAUCGAUGAGAAUGUUCUGGUGUAUCCCAUCCAGGGUUUCCCCGAUCAGGAGAUCUGUGACGUUUCCACAAAGAUGAUAAACGAACACAUCAAUCGCUUCAGUUCCAACAGCCGCAUCCUGCAGCAGCGUCAGACCAUCGAGAUGGUGCCACUGACUCACGCUCAUUACUAUUACAAAGGAAAAGAAUACAACUUCUAUGUGUAUGGGAUGGAGAACAAAGUGUUUGCCUCCAAAUAUCCCUCUGCAUGUACUCUCUUAUAAGUACAUAAAGAGGUUUCGAUAGAUGUUGAAGAGCUGUAACGGCCAUCAGCUUCCUCCAACAUGCCUGAAUGUGCCUCCUGUUUCAUUGUAGUAAUGGUCUGAAUGUGUUUAUAGUUGGAUGUUGUGCUGCUCUGUGCUCAACAUGCAAGAAAGACAUUACAAUAUGUGAGGAAUCUACUUUUUACAACUGAUAACCAAGAUGGUGUGAAGACCUGUGGUUAAUGUUAGUGACUGAGUAGUAUAGUAUAUGUAUAUGUACUAGUAUAAUCCUAUGAGCCUGCAGGAGUCAAAGGCCAAAUAUUUGAUUAUUCACGUGCACAGAUUAAUAAUUCAUACCUUUGAUUUACUAAGUUAUAAAACAUCAGUUUGUUCUCUACUGAUAGCAUUAGCCUUGGUGCUAACCAACUGAAUUUGCCAGCUCCCAGAGAUUUUUCUCUGUUGAGGCAGCUAUCUCUGGUUGUAAAUGGAAAUCAGUGAGCAGGGCUGAUUGAUGGUGAUGUUGGAUUUAAAACUUUGCUGCAUCAUUGUUAGAAAGUGCCUUCACUUAUCACAGGUGCAGUUAACCAGAUCAUCAAUUACUUUAUAUUACCUAUAGACAGUGAAUCAUAUCACACAGUUUAUUCAUGUUACAGUAUGAAUUCAUUUUCUGUUGCAGUGCAUCAAAGACCUUUUCUUUCUGUCUGUCAGGCUCCAUAUAAUCCAGUAAAUGAACAGUGUGUACUAACAUCUACUACCUCUCUGCUGUCAGCUCAGACUGACCAUGGUGUGCUUUGUAGCUGGUGCUUAUUUUUUGGAGUUCAGUGCUUUUACAUCUGAUCCAGUAAAUCAUCAGUUUAAAACCGUCCAGUGUAUAUUAACAAAUACAACCUGAAUAUUAUGUCAAGUGAUAACAGAUAAUCUUUAAAUGUCAGAAGCCAUUAAUUGUCUAAUGCUCAGUGUUUCUUAUGUUGUGUCUUUUUACAGCUACAUGACGUUAACCUCACUGUUUCCAGCUUUCCUAAACAUAAAAAACAUAUUUUAUAUUAUAUUUAGUUAAAUCCCUUCAACCUACAGACAGUGAAAGUCAGAAUAUUAUUUUUUCUACCCUCGUUCAUGUUUUGGGAUAAAUUGUCCUAAUAGUUAUUAUUUCUCUUCUGUUUCUUUUUGGUUUUAAACACAGAUUAUCACACUUUAUUUGGAUAUGGUAAUGUUUACCUCCAGUUGCUAAAAAUACAGUAUAAUGUAGAAGCUGUUUUAGAGGCCUUAGGUAAAUGUUUGCACCCUGCUGCCUUCAAAUGUCAAAGUGAUGCUUUAAUGACUAAACAAAGUUUUAACAUUGUGCUGAUGUUAAAGACGAUGUUCUUCAGAGCAGGAAACUAACUUUAGAAAAGAGCCAUUAUCACAGUUUACUGCUGAUGAGCAGCUUUCUGUCUCAGGAACGACUGAUCCAGUUUGUUCAGCAGCAUUUUACAGCCUGUUUAUGAUAAAUGAUUUCAUAUUAAAACCUUUCUGUCAGUGGGGAUUUCUUUCUUGCUGUGUUUUUAUCAGAUGUUUUUAUACUUUCAGCUCAGGUUACUGAAAAUCUGCUCUCUCAGUUUACACAUGCAGCAAAGAUCCAUUCAUCUUUCACCAAGACACAGUUUUCAGCUUUUUUUCUGUCUGACAGUGUCUCAGUGAUUGUUGAAGGUUUUUUUUAUUUAUUUUUUACCAGUUUGAAUUUUCAUGUUUUCAGGAAAAAUAUGAAAACCACUGUCAGCAAGCUUAUUUCCUUCUGUUGUGAUGUGACAUAUAACCCAGCUAUCUCUGUCUGACGCCUCAUUAAAUGGUUUAAAGUCUGUUGUUGUUUCAUGAAAACAUGAUAAAACCUGUCGAAUGUACUCAGUAUAUAUGUCACAGAUAAAGUUAAUAAAGUUCUCUCGUGAUAUCCA